GUGGCAUAUUUGCCAGAACCAAACGGUGGUUGCGAACGAAGAAGGGCCAAGAGUAUUGGCGGACUGGUUGCGGAGUUCUCUGAAUAGUUUGAGCUUUCGACCUGUAUCUUGUCUCUGACAAGAGUUAGGCGUUAUCUCUCAAUGCUCUAACAGUCAGUGUUGGACGCUACUGCCAUGCCUCGACUGCCAACAGGUGCGAUUCUCCGAUGAACGUUCGAGACCCCUUCAACGUUCGCAAUCCGAAUCGGAGCCCCAUUGCCGCUUGGAAGGGCAACCCAAACUACAACCGCACCUCAACCGACGGUUUCACGGCGCUCCACCACGUCAUACGAACCGCCGCGACCGCAACCCGAACCGCAGCCGCCGACCUCCGAGACAAGGCAGGCGAGGCAGUCCUCUCUGCACAGCAGGCAAUCAGCGAGGCCGCCAUCUCCCUCGAAAGAGGCGAGCAGGCAGCAGACGAGGAAUCACAGAAGCAGAGGCAGCUCAAAGCCAAGAGGAAGAAGAGGAAAUACAGCGGCAGCAACGAAGACGAGAAACCCGCCAGACCCACCCCUGACAACCAAACGCAGAACAGCCAGGACAUGUCUUUCACCGUCCCGAAAAAUGUCCCCUCCUUCUCCAAUCCGCAACGACAGUUUGAAGACCGCCUCUGGGCAGCAGCAACCUCAUCCUCCUCCUCGUCACGACAGCGGUCUGCUGCGGGGUCGGGCGUGCUAGGCGGCGUGCAGGACCUCCUCUCCCCGCGCAGCAGCCGUGCCGCCCUGCCCAUGUACAAGGACAAGCCGUACGCCUCCCCGCCCGGGCGCGGGAGCCGGUGGGUGCGGUUCCGGCGGAAACGGACGUGCGCACUGCUGCUACUCGUCGUGGCCGGGCUGGUGUGGUGGACGGGUCUGUUCGCCGAACACCAGGAGAGGGCCGUGACCAAGCUUAACCAAUGGGGGUGGUUGAGCCAGGAAGGGACUGAUGGGCGGGGAAAGAGUAAGGCGGAUUGGUUGAAGAGGAGGGAGAGGGUUGUGGAGGCUAUGGAGCUGAGCUGGGAUGCAUAUGAGAGACAUGCUUGGGGUUAUGACGAGUUUCACCCCAUCUCCAAAACAGGGAAGCAGAUGGCGCCCAAAGGGCUCGGGUGGAUUAUUAUAGAUUCGCUCGACACGUUGAUGCUGAUGAACCUAACCAGCCGCCUAACGCACGCACGCGAAUGGCUGUCAAAGUCCCUAACAUGGGACCAGGACCAGGAUGUGAAUACGUUUGAGACGACGAUCCGUAUGCUUGGAGGCUUGCUGUCGGCUCACUACCUCUCAACUACCUUCCCUGACCUCGCACCAAUACCGGAUGAUGACCCGGGUAGUCCUGGGGAGGACCUAUACUUGGAAAAGGCAAAAGAUCUCGCAGAUCGGCUUAUGGCAGCGUUUGACUCCCCAUCCGGCGUCCCAUACGCUAGCGUCAACCUGGCGAAAUACAAAGGCAUAGUAUCCCAUGCUGAUCUGGGCGCAUCCUCCACAGCGGAAACUACGACGCUGCAGCUCGAGUUCAAGUAUCUCGCCAAACUAACGGGCGAGAAGGAUUUCUGGGACAAGGCUGAGCGGGUGAUGCAGCUGGUGGAUGACAAUGGCGCCCAAGAUGGCUUGGUACCCAUCUUUAUCUUCGCUACGACUGGCAAGUUUCACGGCCAGACUAUUCGGCUGGGGAGCCGCGGCGACUCGUACUAUGAGUACCUCAUCAAGCAAUACCUUCAGACGAACAAAAAGGAGUCGAUAUACCAGGAUAUGUGGCAGGAGGCGCUCCGCGGCGUGAGGAAGCACCUCGUCACUUACACGGAGCCGUCUCAAUUCACCAUUAUCGGUGAGAGACCAAGCGGCCUGAGCGGAGACCUGUCACCCAAGAUGGAUCACCUCGUUUGCUUCAUGCCGGGCACCAUCGCUCUGGCGGCAACGGGUGGUCUGCCGGAGCGGGAGGCCAAGAAGCUGCCGACGUGGACGAAGGAGGAUGAGGCCGACAUGCAGCUGGCGCGCGAGCUGAUGCACACGUGUUGGGGCAUGUACAAAUGGAUGGCCACGGGUCUCGCUGGCGAGAUCACCUACUUCAACAUUGGCAACCCGCCGCUGCCCGAAUCGGCCGAGCACCAGACGCCGGCCGAAUUCGACCCGUCCCCCGACGCCGAGUGGCGCAAGGACUUUGAUGUCAAACCGUUUGACAGCCACAACUUGCAGCGGCCCGAGACGGUCGAGAGCCUCUUUUACAUGUGGCGAAUCACGGGCGACAUCAAGUACCGCGAAUGGGGUUGGGAGAUGUUCAAAAGCUUUAUGAAUUACACAGCGGUCGAAGAGGGCGGUGGUUUCACAAGCUUGUCUAACGCAAACAAGAUCCCGCCAAUCGCAAAGGAUAACAUGGAGAGCUUCUGGCUGGCAGAGACGCUGAACCUUCAAUUGGCUCUUGCCUCAACAGUUGACCGGGACCCCGAUCCUCCCGCCCUCUCCCCAGUUCCCAACCACGCGGUCCCCCAAUGGCCAAUGCAACGACCCAAGGGAGCGGUUGCUAAGCAGCACGACGGCUGCCGUUCCUUGUCCCUGUGUCCAAACGUGUCCUGGAGCAAAAUCACUCAACAUCAUCACGGCGAGCUGCGAAGUACAAACUCGGCCUCGGCCUCUGCCCGGGGGACGAUGAUGCCUCCGUCCCGCGACGUCGAGAUGGCCACAUUCGGGCUCAAGGAGGAUUCCUGGCCGCGAGGCAGCAUGAUGAGCAUGCGCGGCGCCUCGGCCUAUUCCUACUACGAUGACGAGACCCCGCGCUCCCGGCCGAUACGCCGCUGGCUGGACUCCUUCCGUCGAGACCCAGGCCGCCAUAUCACUCCUGCCUUCGCCAUCCAGACCCCUGAGGAUCUCAAUAUAGCAUCCGCCCCCCGUUUGUCUGACGAUCUGCCGCACGCCGAGGGCGUGUCAGCCCGGGAUUCCCAAUCCCAGGACGGGCACUACUUCGACUUACACGCCGCCAAUGUCGGCACGGCAAACACCCUGCUGUCUCGUGAGCUGAAGGGGAGGCAUCUCCAGAUGAUUGCAAUUGGUGGCUCCAUCGGUACCGGCUUAUUCGUAGCGUCCGGAAAGGCUCUACACACCGGGGGCCCAGCUGCCCUCCUCGUCGCAUAUGUGUUUGUCGGGGUGAUGCUGUACUGUACAAUCCAAGCCCUGGGUGAACUCGCCGUGACCUUCCCGGUUGCGGGCUCCUUCUCGGCCUACUCGACAAGGUUUCUCGAUCCGGCAUGGGGGUUUGCCAUGGGCUGGAAUUAUGCCCUGCAAUGGCUUAUCGUCCUGCCGCUCGAAAUAAUCGCAGCUUCCAUUACCGUCGGCUACUGGAACAGCAACUUAAGCCGUUCCAUCUUUGUCACCAUCUUCCUAUCCACCAUCGUCAUCAUCAACCUCUUUGGCGUUAAGGCCUAUGGCGAGGCCGAGUUCCUGUUCGCCAUCAUCAAGAUCACCGCCGUGAUUGGCUUCAUCCUCCUCGGCAUAGUAAUAAACAUAGGCGGGUUUCCCGACGAGGGCUACAUUGGCGGGAAGUACUGGACCGACCCUGGCGCCUUCAACAACGGCUUCAAGGGCAUCUGCACCGUCUUCGUAACCGCCGCCUUCGCCUUCACAGGCACCGAACUCGUUGGCCUGGCCGCUGCCGAAGCCGUUAACCCGCGUAGAUCACUCCCGACGGCCAUCAAGCAGGUGUUUUGGCGCAUCACCCUCUUCUACAUCGUCUCGCUCACCCUCGUGGGGCUGCUAGUGCCCUACAACCACCCGGACCUCCUCGGCGCAAAGUCGGUCGCCGACGCCUCGGCCUCCCCGUUCGUCAUCGCCAUCGAAAGCGCGGGGAUCGGGAUCCUCCCGGCCGUCAUGAACAGCGUCAUCCUGGUGGCCGUGAUUUCGGUCGGCAACAGCGCCGUGUUCGGCAGCUCCCGCACGCUGGCUGCGCUGGCCGACCAGAAACAGGCACCCGCGCUGCUAGGCUACGUCGACCGCCGCGGGCGCCCGCUCGUCGCCAUCCUGGUCGCCUCGUUGGUGGGGUUACUCGGCUACCUGGCCGACCUGGAGCGCCAGCCCGACGUGCUCAACUGGCUGCUGGCCGUUUCGGGCUUGUCGUCCAUCUUCACCUGGGGCUCCAUCUGCCUGGCGCACGUGCGCUUCCGCAGGGCCUGGGCGGCCAAGGGCCGGAGCGUCGAGGAACUGGCCUUCCGCUCGCAGGUCGGCGUCGCCGGCUCGUGGGUUGGGCUUGCGCUCAACGUGCUGGUGCUGGUCGCACAAUUUUGGAUCGCUGCGUGGCCGAUCCCGCCGACGCCGCUUCCCAGUACUACUUCUUCUUCUUCUUCAGAUUCUUCGUUUUCUUCCACCGAGGCGGCUCCGCUAAAUGGGGACAGCUUCAGUGGGGCUACUACCCGGGGCGGGAUCGAGUCGACCGGCGAUGCGGUGCAGACCUUCUUUCUGCAGUUCCUCUGCGCGCCGAUCGUUGCCGCCUUCUACGUCGGGUACAAGCUGUGGUUCCGAACUAGGAUUGUCAGGAUCGCCGACAUCGAUGUCGAUACCGGCCGCAGGGGGUUCAACUUGCCUGUUUUGAUCGCGCACGAGGUGGAAGAGAUGAAGGCGUGGCCUACAUGGAAGAGGGUAUAUAGAUUUCUAUGUUGAGCGUCAUUUCCGUCUGGGAUUCCCCUGCCGUUUGCCGUCCUGUUUGGGCAUUCGGAAAGGAAGGCGUUAAGGGCGUUUAUUAGGAGGGCGCUGUUGUAUAGUAAUAGAUGCCCAUUGGAAACGGCUUUCAAAGGCAUGGUUGCUGGGUUGUUAACAAGAUGUACCGGGGUUAGAGGGAUCUAUAUACCCAUUAAGAGCUCAAUAUAACAUAAAUGCUCG